AUGGAGAAUUGUAAGAUUGCUCCGUUUCCCUUGCCAAAAGGCUUGAAACUCAGCACCAUUGAGGGUCAUGUGUCGACUGAUCCUAAGAUAUAUAGAAGAAUAGUUGGGAAGCUCUUAUACCUCAACAUGACAAGGCCUGAUAUCUCCUAUGCUGUCCAACAGUUAAGCCAAUUUCUAACUGAGCCUAGAACACCACAUUAUGCUGUUGCACCUCAUGUUCUUAAAUAUCUUAAAGGCACACUCAAUAAUGGUUUGUUCCAUAAUUCCAACAAUGCUCUCUCACUCAAGGCCUAUAAUGAUGUAGAUUGGGGAACAUGUGCUUAUAUUGGAAGAUCACUUACUGGCUUUUGUAUUUUUCUUGGAGAUUCAUUGGUCUCUUGGAAAACUAAGAAACUAAAAGUUGUUUCUAAAAGUUUCUCAGAGGCUGAAUAUAGGCCCAUGAGUCAAACCACUAGUGAAGUAGUCUGGAUUGAAGGUUUAUUGCAAGAUCUUUUAAUUCAUGUGCCUAUACUCAUCAGUUUGUUUUGUGAUAAUAAAUCAGCCCAAUAUAUAGCAGAGAAUACUGUAUUUCGAUAG